CGGUCUCCUGUGCAGGAAGCGCUGCGAGGCAGGCGUCGGCACCCAACAGUCUCAUACCCUCGCGGUGAUGGGCAAGACACGGAGGAACGGCCGGCUUUCCAAGGCCGAUGUUCGUGCGGUUGGCCUUGACUUUAUAGAAUUUCUGAACGAAUCGAAUAGAAUAGAUAUUACUGACAGAGAUCGUCUUCGGGACAUCUACAACGCUGAGUUCAGGCGAAGCGACGGUGCGAAGGAUCCCAACUUUUCCACAGUGCUCUAUGUUCUCCGCACGUACAACCGAGUGCGCGUCACCAGGGGGCGCUGUGUCUACUUUAGCAGGAACGUGCGAGUGGUGUUACAGGACCAGUGGUGGAGACCCUGUGUCAGGAGGAAGAGUACCAGCCAUCGCCCUUUGAAUGUUGGAAGCUUUCCACUACCCCCUAAUGGUCUGGAGGAGUCUUCUUCUCCCACUCCUCCUGGACCUGAGGGUGGGGUGAGAGGCAGAAGGAGACUGGCUCAAGAGAUCCUCCACAAACUGAAGAGUAAUAGGUCAGAGUUUGUGGCUGAUAAGAAUGGAGUCCAGGUCAGCUCUGAGUUGGAGAUGUUGGAUGGAAAGGUCUGUUUCUUUGUGGACCAGGCAGAGGUUUGUAGGGGGAGUCUGUUGGUGGAGAAUAAGGGAACUAGCAGUGUGGAGUUCACCUACUAUUCACCUCUUCACUGGAUAAACUGCUUCAAGUUUGAGGACUCUCAGAAAGUCACUCGCAACAAUCCCCUGCGACUUGACCCUGGUGACAAGUAUGAGGUCAGCAUGAUGUUCCGUUCGGCGCAUGUGGGCGUGUACCAGGUCACGGUGGCAUUCGAGUUCAAAACCACCGUGAGGCCUUGCUGCCAGCCCUUCCACAUUGUACGCAUCAUUGAAGCAGAGUCCAGGACGCAGCUGGCCCAGGAGCUGGGACCAGUCAAGCCCUUUAAACCCAACAGGCUGAGCAGUUGCCAGACGGAGAACUUCAGCGUGGAUGAGGGGGAAGCCCCGGAGAGCCUGGCUAAACAAUCUCUUGAAUAUGAAGUACCUCUGGGGCAUUACUGCUGUCCACCUUACAUCAAAGAUCUGAGCCAGUUCCUGAGAAACCACCGCAAGACAUCACAUGACCAUAUCCAUGAAAAGAAGUCUCUUUUGGAAGCGCCACUGGCUUUCAGUAACUAUGCCGAGCGAUUUCACUUACUCCUUCACCUGGAGGAGUCUCAGAUGUUGGUGGACAUCAAGGCGUAUGACAAAGAAGAUGUCACUAUGAAGCAGGACAAGCUCAACAAGAAGCUGCUAGUGCUCCAGGUUCCAGGUGUUUCUGAGAACCGCCCGUCAGUGUUGAGAGGUGAUCACCUUCUGGUUACCAAGUCUAAGGACGUACACUUGCAGAACAUCACUAAAUACAAAGGCUAUGUGCACCGUGUAGAGCUGGACCAACUCAAGCUUGGGUUCUCGUCGAAGUUCCUAGCCAGUUUCAUAGACAAAAUGAAGUUUCGGGUGGAGUUCACCGUGAACCGCGUCCCACUGAGACUACAGCACCGUGCUGUGCAGCUGGCUGUCCAGCACCAGCUUGAAGAUGUUCUAUUCCCUGUGGGGUCAAAGGCCACGAUCCCAGGGUCACAGCGUUUACUGAGCUUGUUUGAUAGAAAGUUGGAGGAGAACACUGAGCAGUACACAGCAGUGUGCAACAUCGUGGCUGGAGUGUCCAAGCCAGCCCCAUAUCUGGUGUUUGGACCUCCGGGAACGGGCAAAACAGUCACCAUGGUGGAGGCCAUCAAACAGGUGCUGAAGUGUGUAUCAGGCGCACGUGUGCUGGCGUGCGCGCCCUCAAACAGCGCUGCGGACCAGCUGUGCGUGAGGGUGCUGCAGCACUUGGACCCACGUGAGAUCUACCGCCUCUACGCCAGCAGCCGCGACCCCAACCAGGUGCCCCACAACCUGCUGGAUGUCUGUAAUCUUAAAGACGAGAUGUAUGAGUUUCCGUGUAAAAUGGAGCUGAUGAAGUAUAAAAUCCUGGUCACCACGCUGGUUACAGCUGGCAGACUGGUCACUGGGGGGUUGCCUCCAGGUCAUUUCACUCAUAUCUUUUUGGAUGAAGCCGGUCACGCAGUAGAAUCGGAAGCUAUUAUUGGCGUAGCUGGUCUGCUGCAGGCGGAAACAGGGCAGCUGGUAUUGGCUGGGGAUCCAAAGCAGCUGGGGCCGAUACUGAGGUCUCCAUUCGCUAUCAAAUACGGCCUGGCUCUGUCACUGCUGGAGAGACUGAUGACACAAAAUCCCCUUUAUCAGAAAGGAGACACUGGAUUCAACAAUCAAUACGUCACCAAGCUGCUUCGUAACUACAGGUCUCACAGGUCCAUUCUGAAGGUACCAAAUGAGAUGUUCUACGACAGCGAGCUGCAACCAUAUGCAGAUGAGUACACCACCAGUUUCUACUGCAACUGGGAGCACCUCCCUAACAAAGGCUUUCCCGUGAUUUUCCAUGGCGUUCUCGGGAAGGACGAGCGAGAGUUGAACAGCCCAUCGUUCUUCAACGUCAGUGAGAUCACCAUUGUCAUGGACUACCUGAAGAAGCUAUUGUUGUCACAGGGCAAGAAGGGCAUCGCCAAGAUCUCACCCCAAGACAUCGGCAUCAUCGCCCCCUACAGGAAACAGGUUGAGAAACUGAGGAAAGCGAUCAGAAAAACUGAUGAGUUGGAACGCUACACAGGCAUUGAAGACCUGAAGGUGGGCUCAGUGGAGGAAUUUCAGGGUCAGGAGCGGAGGGUAAUCAUCGUGACUACAGUCCGCAGCAACAGUGAACACAUCAGUAUGGACAUCCAGUACAACAUUGGCUUCCUUAAAAAUGAAAAGAGGUUCAAUGUUGCUAUGACACGACCCAGGGCCCUGCUCAUCGUCGUGGGAAACCCCAUAAUUCUCAGCAGCGACCCUACCUGGGGCAGGUUUAUCGAGUACUGCACCGCUGAGGGAGGCUACACUGGUUUUGACCGCACCACCAUUGAGGGCACCGAGGACGUGGUGGAUCGGCUCAUGGCUCUUAGCAUCCGAAUAGAGCCUGAAGUGGACACUGAAGAGAGUGGCAUCCAGCAGCAUGUUAACCUUGAGUGGAGGAAUGAACAGUGACACUCUCUCGUAAACAAUUAUGGGAAAAAAUGGAUGUUUGUGGUACUGCCUACGUGUGUUCAUGUUUCCUGGCAUUUGUUGCCGGGGGAGUAGAACAGGUCCAGCAGGCUUUACUGGAGCUCACCUGCUUUUGCUGUCUUCUGUCAUUCAUAUUUCCUGUCCCGUUAUAAUUUUACGUCUGCACCCCAAAGUCACAGGGUGCCUUGAUUAUUUUCUUAAUGUCUUUGCUUCAUGAUUAAAAUUAGAAUAUUUUUGAAUUUUAUGAAAAUUUGAUGGAAAUGUUAUCAGAUUUUAUACAAAUUUUGAUUUGUUGAUAAUCUGUGAGAUGUUCAGAUUAUAUUAAGAGCAACUGCUGUUUUUAAUGUAAUCAAAAUAAUAUAAUUCAGCAAACUUUAGUCGAUGAGUUGUUUUGGAUAAUGGCUUGUGUUAAAAUAGCUCAAUGACCUACCUACAUAUAAUAUUUUGUGUUAAAAUAGCUCAAUGACCUACCUACAUAUAAUAUUUUUUCAGUAUAUUAGUACAAUAACAUACAAAAUAUAUAAUGGAAUUUUGGUUGAAGAGUUUGGAAUUUAUAAGCCCUUUGCCUUUACAGUUUUGCUGGAAUAAGUAAUCUAAGUAAUAAGUAAUAUGGAAUAAGUAAUCUAAGAUUUUCAAUUUGCUUUAAUUGAAUACAUUUUUUUUAUUGUUCAAUUGA